AUGAACUUCCUGACGAAGCACAUCGAAACGGCAUCGAAAGAACCAGAGCGAACCAACUCUGAAGCCGCUGCUUUCCCCACUGCGGACGACGUGGAUUUCGAGGCUUUUGGCAAGGAAAACAUCCAGAUCCUGCUGGACCGUCACACGGGCGAUGACAAGGUGACCACGUGGGAGCUCGUGGACGACUCGAAUGGCACUAAAGUCUGGCGUGGAGCCGUGCAACACUGUGACUGGUGCCCGUUCCGUGCUGCUUGCCGUAUCAACGCGGACAAGAGCGUGGUGGAGCAGGUGCUACUGGAUCCGCACCGGACGCUGGAGCUGGACGAGAUGAUGGAAGGUAUCGCGACGUUGCGCGACGUGGGAAAGCAGAACAGCUUGGCGUUCCGUCAAAUCACCAGCAAGGGGCAGUUCCCCAUCUACGGUCGGGAGUUUCUAGUGGUCACGUACGCCACGACGCUCGAGGACGGACGUGUCGUGAUUGCCACGCGCUCGGUCAAUGUGGCUGACGUCCCUCCUCUUGAGGGUUACGUGCGUGCCAACAUCUACGUCUCGGGUUACAUUAUUGAAGAAGUGAAGGAGACGAAUGGCGACGUGUAUUGCGUCGUGACCCUCGUGGCACAUGCUGACCUGGCGGGAUCCAUCCCAUCGAGCAUCAUAAACAUGCUGGGGACGUCUUCGACGGUCAAGGUUCUGAAGAACUUGGAGAAAAUCGUGACGACCAAGUAG